CUCUCUGAAGCUCAAUAAGAGCUCGCUGCGCGUGAGAGCUUUAUUUACCUAUUAGUCUGAUUGUUUAUCUCUCAUAAAAACGGAUCAAACAGAAGCUCAGAUAAACCGGCGCUCGAGCUUUCGUAGGAGAUUAAACCGAGCUCAGCCUGAGAGACGCUCUGCUCCUGCGCGCGCUCUCACUCAAACUUGCUCUCACACACACACACACACACACACACACACCGCACACACACACAACCGCGCGCGCAGGCGGAGAACAGGCUGAUGGCUUCGGCUCAUGUUCCAGAGAUCAGAUAUUCAGAGUGAAGAUACUGAAGGUCUGUCUGAGCUGCUGGUGCUGAAGAUCCACUGAGAGCUGAUCCUGUUCACUUCAUCCCCGCAGACCUGUUUUUAUCUGAUUCUCUUCUUUAUCUCGGAACCAUAACCGAUGGCCCAAAAUGUCGACUAACAACAAUAUCGCCCAGGCCAGGAAGCUGGUGGAGCAGCUGCGGAUAGAGGCUGGCAUCGAGCGCAUCAAGGUGUCUAAAGCUGCUGCUGAUUUGAUGAGUUACUGUGAGCAGCACGCCCGCUCCGAUGCCCUCCUGGUGGGGGUGCCCACCUCCGAGAACCCCUUCAAAGACAAGAAGCCGUGCAUCCUGCUAUAGCUGCCUCCACACCGCCACGCCACUCGCACCCCCCUGCACCAGGAGCUCUAACACACACGCCACACUCUGCCGGUAACGCCGGAGGGGUGAUAGACCUGAACCCCCCCCAGCACCAUGUAGCCCCAGACUGAGUGCAUCUAUAUGGAUGAAUAUAUGAAUAUGCGCGUGUGCGGAUCUGUGUUCACUCAUAUAGAUACACCCAGCAGGCGGAGUGGCAGAUUAUUAUUGAUUUUUCUUUUUCAAAACCAUCUCGAAAUCUACAGCACGAGUUUUAGAAUGAAGGAUGAGUUGGGGAUGAACGGAGGUAGAGAGAGGAGAGAAGAAAUGUCCAGUCAUGAUCAUGUGGCUGACCAGCUGGCUGGCCAGUCAUACUGCAGCCAUGGCUGUCCAGGUUGAGCCUCCCAUUCGCGAGUUGAAGGUAGAUUUAUGCGGCCAAACACAACCCAAACCCAGAUACACCUCCGACUGCACGUCGUAUGAUUUACGAAGGGAAUUUAACACGUUAACACAGAGUUGCCAAACGGUUCUACGCAGUUUCUCAGUCCGUUCACGAGUUACAGCUUUUCAUCGACGGGCGCUUUGACGCUUUCGUUUUUCUACUCUUCGUUUUCUACUACACUUCAAAGCCCUUCUAAGGUACAGAAGCCUACGUACAUACUUACACAUACAUCCAUACAUUAUACAUAUUACGCAACGUAUCUGCCUUUUUUUGGGAAACAGCGAUUCCGAACACACUUACGGCCCCUGCUUACUUGAAACGGUUUGACAAUUUUGAAGAUUUGUACAGGUGAUCGCUUAAAACGUUUGUCGUCAGCAUUUUUGAACCUUAAAGGGAAAAUAACGAACCCAAUUCUUUGUCCGUGGUGGUCAUACGAAGGCCGAUCUUGAUCUCUAAAGCCAAACUUGAUUGUAAAAUCCAUACAGGAAGGAAAAACAACAUGUACAAACUUUCUUUCGGACGUGUGUCCUGGUGUUAACUUUGAGAAAAUAGCUGUUUUUUGGAUUUGUUCGUUCUUCUUUCUAUGGACUCUAUGGAACCUGGUCAUUCAGUAACGAUGCUGUACAGUGUUUGAUAAAACCUGAAGCGCAUUAACUUUUAUUUGUGGAUGUUCUCUUUUUCCAUCCUGACUGACUCUGUGUUGGUAGGGCAGGGGGUGGAGCUCUGGAGAUGGGGGCGGGCUGUAAGGCAGCUGUUUUGCUGUUGCUGGAUGAGGAGGUCAGGUGAUUACGGGGUUUAGGAGGGUGUUUAGUGGUUUGGUCAGGGGGACAGGGCGUACAGCGAUGAACUGACCGCAGGUCCAAGCCUCUGCUUGACCCACAUCCCUGAACACAUACACAUGCAGUACAUAAUCUGAGCCACGCUGUGGUUUCCUAAUAAACCCCCAAUAGGCUGCGGCAGACGCUGUUUAACAAUGAUCCAAUUCAGCGGUGGCCGCUACAGCGAGGGGAGAACCGUGCCAUUGUCCAGCCAUGGUCAGAGGCAGCAACAUAGCAGGGGAAAUUAGGGCUCUCUGAAAGAACAGCCUGCAGGACUCGGUCAUUCAUAUCCUAACUGCACUGUUCGGCUCAGAGGAGGACGGAGUCUCACAGAGAGAGCCAUUCAAAACCCAGCUGAACUUGAAUGAACGUUCUGAGUGAGCUAGACGUGCAGAGAAAGUUCUAAUUCUGCUCAGCUUCUUCUGUUCUUGUGGAAAAGUCGAUUGUCCCUGUGCUGCAGGCUGCGGUCGAACAGGAGCUGUCAGAACAGAACGGUGCCUUCAGGAGCUCGCUAUGUGCUAGCGGUCAGACACACGCAGCCAGCUAACUGACAGGCAGAGCGCUUCAUAAUGAAACACUGAUCCAUUCACAGCUUUCUCUCUUAGCCGGUGGAGUUUUAGCAGAAAGAGCAGAACAGAAUAAACUAAAUGUCCAGCUAAAUCUCUGGAAUCACCAGCUGGCAAAAUGUGCAGCUAAUUUAGUGAAAUAUCCAUCAAUUCCAGCUAAAUGUCCAGCUAAUAGAUAAUUCACUGAAAUGUCUUGCUAACCCAGUGAAAUGUCCAGCUAGUCAAGCUAAAUGUCAUGCCAAUCCAGUGAAAUGUUUAGCUAAUCCACUGAAAUGUCCACUGUAACUGUUCGGACGCUGAGAGCAGUGUAGGUGCAGAUGUGCGGUGCCAAACUGAUUUUUUGAAAAAAUAAUUUUUGUGAAUUAUUUUAAGCCAAAAGCUCCUGAAGCUCUCAGCCGUGUCGUCCGUCACUGCAGUGGACAAAAAGCUGUGACAGUUUGAAAUUAGAUCCUCUGUGGAGUUUAGGAGUCCGUCCUGUUCUGAGGUCCAGCAUGUGGACGGUGCAGGAGCUGCUUAGUGCCAAACCUCAGUCUCUUCUCAGCGGCGUUAUCAAUCACUUAUCAAUCACUUAUUAAUCAGACUGAUUAGGGUUUGAUCAGGAAAUGACUACAUGUGACUCUGAGGGUCGAGAACAACAACUCUACAGGCUGAAUUCACCAAAGUUUUCAGAAGAUUUGAGUUUUUUAAUAUUUACAUUUUGUUCUUUAUUGCAUCUUAAAUUUCUCAGACAUUCUCUAGAAUUUCUAAAAUAUUUAAGAGUUUAAGAAAUAUUUAAGAACUUUUUCCCCAAUAAAUAGAAACUUAUUUUCUGUUUUUUGACCCUGGUUACACCUGGUCACUUCAUGUGUCUUGAGUAUCAGGAUUAUAUCUGGAUGAGGCCACAUAGAAAUGUGAGUGUAAACGCAGCCAAGACACAUUAAAACAGAUACAGAUCUGAUCGAUCAGAGCACUUCAGGAGGACUGAGACACAUUUGAGUCGCGUUAUAGCAGCAUAAACACAUCCGUCUCUCCAAGAUACAUUCAACACCCAAAACACCUCCCAGUACAACCAAAACUCCUCCCAGUACAACUGAAACUCCUCCCAGUACAGCUUGCAAUGUUUGAACAGAUACCUAAACGGCUCUCAGAGAAUGGCUUCCAUGUAACGAGCGGCUUUGCAUAAUCUGUCUAUAUAUAUAUAUAUAUAUAUAUACUUAAUUUUAAAAGGUAUAACAAAAAUUUUAAAUCACUUAAAAUACACAGUGGAUUCAAAUUACUUUAAAUUUACUUCUUUUUUAUUGUAAUUCUUUUCAUUGUUUUUUUAGCAGUCACAGUUAAACAGUCCUGAGAUGUGGGGGUGCUGCGGCCCCCCUGUGACCCCCUGCGUCCCUGCGAUAGACUGAAUAUCUUUACCUGCUUAUCCCUGUUCGCGCUUUAACGUUCCGUUUGACCUGACUGGACCCUCAGCACGUUCUCCUCUCGCAGCCGCCUCCACACAGUCCAGCAGCAGAGAGAUGAGGCAUUGUGGGUAAUGGGGGGUAGUGGGUAACAUCUGUAGCCGAUAGGUUCUCCAUUAGAACCCCAUCUCCAUCACUUUGUGUUCUUUCCUGUGUACGCAUACGUAUCUCUGCCUUGAUUAUGGAGAAAUAUAUCUAUUUUUUGUAAUUGUUCUUCUCGGAUGUGCCAUAAAAAUCAUGUUUUUCUUGCACACUGUUAAUAUUUUGUGGAUAUUGCUGUUUAAGAAUUAUGAAAAAGUAGAAAGAAAAUAAAGAUGGAAACUGUUACUCUGCA